AUGGCUGCCCCGGAAUCCAAGACCAACCCGACCGAGUUCUUCCAGGCCAUCGGCGACAAGGUCUCUGGCGACGAUGACCAGAAGGUCGUCGAGGAGAUCGAGUCUCUCUGCAUGAACUGCGGCAAGAAUGGCAACACCAGACUCCUCCUGACCUCGAUCCCCUACUUCCGCGAAAUCAUCCUCAUGUCCUUCUCCUGCGAAGAGUGCGGCUUCGCAAACAGCGAAGUCCAGCCCGCCGGCUCCAUCCAACCCAAGGGAACAUACUACGAGCUCCGCCUCACCACCCUCGAGGACUUUGGCCGCCAGGUCGUCAAGUCCGACACCGCCACCGUCAAGUUCAUCGAGCUCGACCUCGAGGUCCCCGCCGGCAAGGGCCAGCUUACAAAUGUCGAGGGCCUGCUCAGCACCGUCAUCAACGACCUCGAGUUCGGCCAGGAGGCCCGCAAGGAGCAGAUGCCCGAGGUCUACCCCAAGAUCGCCGAGAUCAUCGACAAGGGCCGCGCCAUGCUCGACGGCAAGGCCUUCCCCUUCCGCGUCACCGUCGACGACCCCGCCGGCAACUCCUUCAUCACCCCGGACCUCAAGGACGGCGUCGGCAAGUGGGAGAAGCACGAGUACAUCCGCACCCCGGAGCAGAACGAGGCCCUCGGCAUCUCCGCCGACCAGGCCGACGCCGCCGCCGCGGGCGCCAACCCGGGCCUCACCGCCGACGGCGACAUCAUCCCCAACGAGGUUUACAGCUUCCCCGCCAGCUGCCCCGGCUGCAUGCACCCCUGCACCACCCACAUGAAGAUGGUCGACAUCCCCCACUUCAAGCAGGUCGUCCUCAUGUCCACCGUCUGCGACGACUGCGGCUACCGCUCCAACGACGUCAAGACCGGUGGCGAGAUCCCCGAAAAGGGCGAGAAGAUCGUCAUCAAGGUCGCCAACGGCGCCGUCGACCUCGCCCGCGACAUCCUCAAGUCCGAGACCUGCGCCCUCGAGUGCCCCGAGCUCAACCUCGCCGUCAACCCCGGCACCCUCGGCGGCCGCUUCACCACCAUCGAGGGCCUCCUGACGCAGGUCCGCGACGACCUGCGCAGCCAGAUCUUCCAGGUCGACGGCAGCGGCAACGCGUCCGGCGCCGCCGCCGGCGGGGGCGACUCCCUCGCCCCCGAGGACAAGUCCAAGUGGGACGCCUUCUUCGGCGGCCUCGACGAGGCCAUCAACGGCGACCGCCCCUUCACCAUCGUCCUCACCGACCCCCUCGCCAGCAGCUUCGUCCAGCCCCUCGUCGACCCGCCCGCCCCGGACCCGUCCAUCACCCGCGAGUACUACGACCGCACCGACGAGGAAGAGGAGGAGCUCGGCCUGCGCGACAUGAAGGUCGAGGGCUACGAGGAGGACGCGGCCAAGGAGGCGGCCGAGAAGCUGGCGGCGGAGCAGCAGCAGUCGCAGCAGACGGAAGAGGAGAUCAACAAAGGUGCAGAGUUUGACAAGAUCCUCGACGCCAACAUGGGCAAGUCAUGA